CUUCACUAUUUGGUCUUGAAAUUACUUGGGCUGUGAACAUGGGUUUUACACAUGCACAUGGACUCAUCCUAGUUCUGAUAGCUGCUUCCAUGUUGGGAGGGAGCAUGGGCAGUAAGGACUGGGGCCAUAGCUCUAACUACACUGGUUGGGGCUGGGGCUGGGGCUCCCAUAAUAAUCAAACCCUGAAUCAAACAGAAGGCCCCAACAAAAUCAUUGUAGGUGGUUCAGAGAACUGGCACUACGGCUUCAACUACUCCGAAUGGGCAUUCCAGAAUGCACCCUUUUACUUCAAUGAUACUCUAGUGUUCAAGUACGACCCACCAAGCAACAACACAUUCCCUCACAGCGUCUACUUAUUUCAUGACUUUUGGAGCUACCUGAAUUGCGACUUGAAUAGAGCAAAGAUGAUUGCAAGCCCAACGCAAGGAGGCGGGGAUGGGUUCGAGUUUGUGCUUAAGAGGUGGAGAUCCCAUUACUUCGCUUGCGGUGAACGUAAUGGCGUCCAUUGUAAGGCGGGCGGCAUGAGGUUCAUGGUGGUACCACUACUCCGUUGGCACAACUAAUCCACGGAAGACGAGAAAUAAAGAAGAUCCCAUACAGCACUGCUUAAUCUCCUAGUGUCCUAUUUUACUUCGUUAACAGAAUUAAUGUACUAAUAAACAAUUAUAAUCCUUGUUUAAUCUGUUCGAACAGCUAGUUUUAUUUUUCUUUAAUUUUCUUAUGAUUACAGAAAAUAAGAUAAGGAUGCAGUGCAUGUGUUCUU